AUGAGGUUUAAGACUUCUAUUCGGAAUGUUUCGACUUUCAUCAAGCUCACCUCAUCCCUUGUGUCUAUUGGAAAGAUAGCAUGGCUUCGACUCGACGAAGACGAGAUCCGCUUCACGCUCAUGCCUGAUCAGGGUGCUCAAGUUUUUGCUAACCUCUCCAUCCACGCCCUCUUCGACUCCUACAUAAUCACCAGCGCAAACUCCAACAUAAUAAACCUCGAAGUCCCCCUCUCCCCACUGCACCGCGCUCUCCGCUCCUGCGUCUCCGCCUCGGACGCAACCCUACGCUUGACAAAGCGUUCCUCGGACAACACGCCAAUCCUCUGCCUGACGAUAACAACAACGUCAAACACCCUCGUAACCCAGGAAAUCCCCGUCCGUGUGCUCUCGCCCGCCAGCGUCGCCAACAUCAGGGAACCCACAUGUCCGGAGCCGGACGUGCACAUAAUAUUACCGUCACUGCACUCGCUACGCUCCGUCGUUGAGCGGUUCAACAAGCUGGACGCGCCCAAGAUCGCUAUCGCCGCGAACAUGAACGGGGAGUUCAAGAUGCGCCUAGACGGGAAUGAUGCGGUCAAGGUGGAAAGCGUGUGGACCGGGUUGAUGAACCCGUUGUUGGAUCCGGCGCACGUUCCCGGCGGCGUGGAGAAUCAUCCCAGUGCUAUUAGGGAGAAAUCGGCGUUUGCGUGGGUCAGGGUUGAUGGGAAAGAGUGGGCGAGGGUGCUGAAGGUGGGCGGCAUCAGUAGGAGGGUUGUGGCCUGCUUUUGCGAGGACCAUGCACUUGUGCUGUACGUCUACUUGACGGAUGACGAGGAUGAGAGUUCGGCCGUUUCGACCUACUAUUUGAGUUCAUUUGUCCUCUAGAGGUAGACAUGGCACCACCGAAGCUCUCUGUCACUCUAGCUUUACAUAAUAGUUACAUCAUAAUCUAAUCAGCUUCACAA